CCGCUCCAUUCUUCAUUCCGAGGAAAACCCAUAACAAAACAGUCUCUCUCUCUACGAGAAAAUCUUCACAAAUUUGCAAGAAAUUUUCAAUUUGAAUCGCUUAGCAAUGGAUUUCCACAGCCUUAAAAGAAGAGAACUCCAGGAACUGUGCAAGAAGAACAAGAUCCCGGCUAACAUGACUAAUGUCGCCAUGGCAGAUGCUCUCAAAGCUCUUGAGAUCGUUGAAGGGAUUGAAGAUUAUUUGAAACCAAUGGAAUCGGAAACCGCUCAAUCAUCAAUUGAGUCACCGGUGAAGUCAGAAGAAACAUCUCCAUGUGCGCUUUCCACCGUUGGGAGGAGUACACGUCGGAGAAAUGCUGUUAAAGAGGAGUCUGAAACUUUGCCGUCAAGGACAACUACACGGCGUUCAACAAGAAAGACAGUUGUCGGAGAAGAAGGUGAAAAGGGGGUUGCAAUUGAAACUCCGGCAUUGGCAGCGACCACUAGAAGGAGGGCACAGGUGUCAAUGGUGAGGAGAAAAGUGGAGGCUCAAUUCGAAGAGGAGGAAAUUGGAAAAGAAAAAAAGACCCUACCACCGACCCCUGCUCCAUUAGGGACUACUAGCCGGAGAAAGCUAAAGGAAGAAGAGAGUACAGUGAAAAAGGUGUAUAGCACGCGCAGAUCGGUAAGGUUGGCUGAGAAAAGUGUGGAGAUACAGAAGUCCAACAAUGAAGAAAAAUUAGAAACUCUUAAGCAAGAAUUGUUUGCCAAGGAAAUGGGUGAUAAUUUGAAUGUGAAUCUGACACAGGGAUCAGAUGGUAUUGAUACGAAAACAAUGACACAGGAUAAUUCGGAUAGGGAAACGAUUUCUGAAGUCGAGGAUCCAAAAUUUUCGAUGGAGGGUGGUAGCAAAAACAUGGAAAAUCAAUUAGACUUGGUCAAUGAAAUCCAAGAAAAUGAUGGGUCUCAUAAUACGUGUAUUUCUAAGGCUGAGAAUGCACUUGACUAUGGUGUCAAAUCGAAAUCUGAGGCUGAUGAUAAUGUGGAUGAUGGCCUCGAAGAUAAAGAUGAUGAAAUUUCUUGCGAUACCAAGAGUCAAAAUUCAACAGAGAAAGAAACUGAGAAUGCGGAAGAUAUGGAUUUCCAAGUUUCCCCAGACGGCUUAGUCAAUGAAAAAUGUUGUGAUGUUGAUUCCAAAAAGGAGUCUGAUAAGGAACUGAAGGACGAAAAGUAUAUGGAAACACCUGCUGCUGAUAUUGUGGGUGAAGGCAGUGGGAUUGAUUUGGUGAAAGAUGUUAAAAUGGGGCUCGCUCCCAAUGAUUCAGAAGCUGAUUUCGAGCUCACUGAUGAUUCGACAUUCCUCAAACAGAUGAUUGAUAAUGGGGAGGAGCUCAACUCGACAGAAAUUCUUCAACACGAACAAAGUGAGCAAGAUGCUGAUCAAGUGUCUAUAGCUUCUGAAGAGUCCCUUGGAGAAAUAUCAAGUGAUGAGAUAGAAGCUAAUUUAGAUGUAAUUGAUGAUUCGACUUUCCCUAAACAGAUAGGGGAGAGGCUUGAGUCAAUUGAAAUUCUUGAAUUUGAGCAAAGCAAGCAAGAGAGUGAUCAAGAAGCUAUAGAGGGUGCAACUGAUGUUCCUUUGGCUUUGUUGACUCUAAUCCCAACUGCUGAUCCCACAGAGGAAGUUCAAUCUACCAGUCUUACGCCAACGAAGACGCCGAUCAAGAAGACACCUAAAACGACGAAAAAAGUGCCUGAUGUUUUGGAUAAUAAAGAGAACAUUGGCAGUGGCAGUAAAUUUUUUAUUUUCACGAAGGAGAAGGUGAAGACUCCAAGCAAGACACCAACGACGAAUAAAAAAAUGACUGAUGCUACAGAUAACAAAGAGAAUCUUGACAGUGGCAAAAAAAUGAUUCUUCUCAGCAAGGAGAAGGUAAAGAGAGCUAAAGGCACCACCACUACUGAACAGAAUUUGCAUGAAUUAAGUCUGAGAAAAUUGACGAAGAUGUUCAAAGAGAAACUGCAGAUAACGAAUCAGUUGAGCAAAAAUGAGAACGACCCCAAGCAGGCAGCAACAGCAACAUUGCGGCCAGCUCUUCAAGCACUUCCAGAGAACCAAUUGGUGGAUGAAGCCCAGAACUGAAUCAGAAUGCCCUUCAAACUUUAUAGUACGGAGUUUUGAACUUUCUUGGUUUGCUCCAGCUAUAAGAUGAAAAAAACUUGAUUUUUUUUUUUUUUUUUUCCCUCCUGAGUAUUGUAAUAAGUAGCUGAUAUUUGCUCUUCAAACUUG